UCAAACCCUAACCUCUCUGAACCCAUUUCCAUAUCUUCGCCGCACGGUGGUUGGAGUCGUAGGUUCACGUUUCGUGCGAGAUGGGUAGGGUUAUCAGGGCACAACGUAAAGGAGCAGGCUCCGUUUUCAAGUCCCACACUCACCACCGCAAAGGCCCAGCACGUUUCCGCAGUCUUGAUUUCGGUGAAAGAAACGGUUACCUUAAAGGAGUAGUGAACGAAAUCAUUCACGACCCAGGUCGCGGUGCACCACUCGCUAAGGUCACUUUCAGACACCCUUUUAGGUAUAAGAAACAGAAAGAGCUUUUCGUUGCUGCUGAGGGACUUUACACAGGACAGUUUAUUUAUUGUGGGAAAAAAGCUACUCUUGUUGUUGGGAAUGUUUUGCCAUUAAGGAUGAUUCCUGAAGGUGCGGUUAUUUGUAAUGUUGAACAUCAUGUUGGUGAUCGUGGUGCUUUUGCUAGGUGUUCUGGUGAUUAUGCUAUUGUUAUUAGUCAUAAUCCUGAUAAUGAUACCUCUAGGAUUAAGCUACCAUCAGGGGCAAAGAAGAUUGUUCCAAGUGAGUGCAGAGCUAUGAUUGGGCAAGUUGCAGGUGGAGGAAGAACUGAGAAGCCAAUGCUUAAGGCUGGUAAUGCUUACCACAAAUUUAGGGUGAAGAGGAAUUGCUGGCCUAAGGUUCGUGGUGUGGCUAUGAAUCCAGUUGAACAUCCUCACGGAGGAGGUAACCACCAGCAUAUUGGACAUGCUAGUACUGUUAGGCGUGACGCUCCUCCUGGACAGAAGGUUGGUCUCAUUGCUGCUAAGAGAACUGGUCGUCUCAGGGGACAAGCUGCUUCCGCUGCUGCUAAGGCUGAUUAACUUAUUAGACUAUUUGAAGAGAUUCUUAGGGUUUUAUUUUGUUGCAAGAUUUUGAAAUUUUGUUUGAUUCCUUGUUUGUUCGAAACUACUUGGGUAUUAUUUUGAGAUCCUUUUGCCCCAUUUAUUUAUAUGAAACUUUUAUAUGACAAUGGUUUACAUUUGUUUUCAAGUUCUAUUCAAUUCAUAGUUUACCUUCCUAUUGGGUUU